AUGGACUCACCAAACACGCACGAUGCCACCUAUGUAGCCGAAAGCAACACCACUCAAAUCGUAGCAGUCGUCACACUUUUCCACAUUAUCGCCCUGGUCAUCACUGGCCUGCGUCUAUACGUACGAGGAUGGAUAGUCUAUGCGCCUGGGUGGGAUGAUCUUAUGAUAUUUUGUAGCGCUCUGUGCGCGAUUGGAGGAUGGUCCAUAUUCAUAAUUCAGUCUCGGCACGGCCUCGGCCACCACCAGGACACGAUACCCGCUGCCGAUCUACGGAUAAUGAGUCAAGCCGGGUUGUAUCAGUCGAUAUUUUCGGCCGGCUGGGCCCUCACAUUUCUCAAAAUAUCCAUUGCAAUCGCCUUAUUGAGGCUGGGCUCAACUAGGAAGUGGUACAUCUAUUCCCUUUGGGGCACAAUAGUUCUAAAUGUCCUAAACGCUAUCAGUGGAACGUUCGUUUUUACCCUGUUCUGUCGACCUAUGGCUGGGUACUGGGACAAGAGCAUAAAUGCGAAGUGCGCAUCAGUCAACGUAUUGGUUAUUGGUGGCCUGGUGAACACAGCUAUCAACAUAUUCACCGACGUCCUGUUAGCGACAGUUCCCAUUCCAGUAAUCUGGUCCCUGAAUUUGGAACUUCGGAAACGAUUGUCAAUCAUAUCGAUUUUCAGUCUCGGCUAUGCUGCCGUGACCAUGGGCAUCAUCAAGUCGGUUCACCAGAUAACGUACAGCUCUAAGAACGACAAUACAUUUAAGCAAAGUAUACAGUUCUGGGGCUUUCUACAACUUCAAGUCGGUAUAAUCGCAGCCUGUGCUCCUUCACUAGGUCCUCUUUUCUUCCGUGCACGCGGCAUGUCAACAGCUCGAAACUAUACCAACAGCGGCUCGAGACGCAAUAACACUGGCAAUAACAAUGGACUUGUGACAAUCGGUGGUACAAACGAAUCACGAAGCAAGAGAGGGCGAGGCUCUAUCGAGCUGACAGAUCACAUCCCCGUGGACCAAAAAUCUAGUGAACUCAGCCUGGCUAUGACGAAAGGGGAAAACAAAAGUGCUGUGACUUCUUCAUCAUUUUACAGACACUCCGAUACUGAGUCAGGAAGCGAGGAGAGAAUACUACCUUCGCAGACACCGCCAAAGCCACGGGAUAAUCUUGGAGGGAUAUUGAGGACAAGAGAAAUCAUCGUACAACAGUCAGACUAG